CGAUUGGCUGGCGGAAGCGGAAGCGACGAAGGCGGCGCAAGAUGGCGUACCAGACGUUCCGGCAGGAGUACCUGCAAGUGCCGCCCGUGACGCGGGCCUACACCACGGCCUGUGUCCUCACCACCGCCGCCGUGCAAUUAGAGCUCAUCACACCAUUUCAACUGUAUUUCAACCCGGAAUUAAUAUUUAAACACUUCCAAAUAUGGAGGUUAAUUACAAACUACUUAUUUUUUGGACCGGUUGGCUUUAAUUUUUUAUUUAACAUGAUUUUUUUAUACCGUUAUUGCCGAAUGCUGGAGGAAGGCUCUUUCCGAGGUCGGACGGCAGAUUUUGUAUUUAUGUUCCUUUUUGGUGGACUUUUAAUGACUCUUUUUGGUUUGUUUGUGAACUUGGUGUUCUUGGGUCAGGCAUUCACAAUCAUGCUUGUGUAUGUGUGGAGCCGCAGGAAUCCCUAUGUUCGUAUGAACUUUUUUGGUCUUCUCAUCUUCCAGGCCCCAUUUCUGCCUUGGGUACUCAUGGGCUUUUCACUGCUCUUGGGAAACUCCAUUAUUGUGGAUUUAUUGGGGAUUGCAGUUGGGCACAUAUAUUUUUUCUUAGAAGAUGUCUUUCCCAAUCAGCCAGGGGGAGGAAGACUUCUCAGAACACCCUCUGUUUUGAAAGCAAUAUUUGACAUGCCGGAAGAUGAUCCCAAUUACAACCCACUGCCAGAAGAGCGACCAGGGGGGUUUGCAUGGGGGGAAGGUCAGCGCCUUGGAGGCUAAUAAAUGGCCAUGCCGACACCCAGACACAAGCUGGGAGGAACUAAACUGAAGUACCACAUUGGAGAGCCUCUCACUACCUUGUUGCAGAAAGGACAUUUGACAGCUUUAUGGUUCCGAGUACAAGCACUUUAUGAAAUGGCUGUUUAAUUCAAGACAUUACCAGAAGACUACCUGUGUUCCUCCCCAUCAGGGGUUUUGCCAUGCUGGCAGUGAAAGUAUAAUCUAGUGGAGCCAAAAACAAUUACAACUGGAAACCCUUUCCUAUCAGCUACAGUUAACAAGACCAUCAAUAACUUGUUUAAACAUUUCUAAAAGCAUUUUUCAAGCUAUUUGAUACAGGAGACUGUAUGGGAAACUUUCAAGGGGACAAAAUAAAAACAUUUUGAUUUUAAGCUCUUCUUGUUGGAUAGAAGCAGGUGUGAGUCAUUAAAAGCAUGGUUCCCUCUCUUUGUUAUCAGACUUUGAUCUGAAACAAAAUUUGCUAAAAUUCAGAGCCUGAAUUGGGAUUUUAAUUCUGGAAGAUGCUGGUUAUUUGCCUGGUUGAUUUUUAUGGAACUGUGUAGUUGCAGUAUACAAGGGAGAGGAUUGUUUGUGCUGUUUGCUAGAUUUAAUCCUUGAUCUCUGAGAAGCUGCUCAUAAGAGGGAUAAGUAAUAUACGCAUCUGUCCAGGAAGAAUUGGAGCGAUACCAAGUCACUCCACAGCCACAGAAUGGCUGUCACAGGAUUUGCUUUGUGACUACAUAAAUGGAUCAGAGUCAAAUUGGUGACCCAACUGAGAGACUGCACAUUUUGCUUCUGACUGCUUGAAGCUGUCCACCCACCCUAAAGAACUGUGGAAGGUGCGAUGGGUGUGGGUGUUUACUGUCUGGUGGAGAUUCAGGACAAAAGGUUGAGAUCUUCAAAUCUCCAAAUCUGUUAGAUCCCCUGACAACUUCUUUCUUUCAGUAGCUGUCAGGGAAGGUUCUUUUCUUUUCAGCAUAACAGCUGGUACAGAUGGCAGCAUGUCACUAAGUUCAGAUCUUUCUGAAUCUAGAUAAUGGCUUGGCCUGUAUAACAGGGAGCCAGAGGCUCCCUCUAACUUUAAGGCAGAGGCAGCAGCAGGGAUAUCCCAAGUGCAGGGGAGGCUGCAUGUUAUGUAUGGAAAGGCUGCAGGGGAAUAGGCAGCCAGAGACUCAUAGGCUGCCCAAAAUAGUAUGAUAAGCAGAGCCCUGCUCAUCAGUAAGAGUACAGCUAAGGCAGCAAGUGUAGCAGUUGUAAGGUGCCCUGAAGGCUAACUGUCAAGUCCAAAGUGAAAGCCCUUGGGAGUGGCUGAAGAGCCACCUGAUCAGAAGGAGCAAGAACAUAAGAUCAGGGCCUGAGAACAGGCAGUCAGCCUGGCCCUGCAGGGAGCAGAGAUCCUGAGCAGGCUGGCUGCUGCAGAGGGACUAACUGGCACUGAAGAUGCCCUAGGAAUGUCGAGUAAAGGGCUUGUAGCUUGCAGGGAAGUAUGACCUAGUGUGUGAUGGCUUUAGUUACAGCCAGUGUGCUUGUCUUUUUAAGUUCUAUACUUGUAGACCAGGUGUGGCUCUAAGGGGUAAAUGAGGAGCCCACAGCGGGAUGGCUGAGGGGCACAACCAGGUUUAGAGUCCUGCCAGAGCAGCACCUAAACUAGGGAUGUCCUGGGGCUGGGGCCUAGCACCUGAGGGGCGAGAUGGCUGGAAGCCAAGGUCUGGUGCAGUGGACCUAGGCCGAGAGGGGUCCAUCCAGAGGAAAGGGGCCAUAGCCAGGAAGGCUGAAGCCCCAACAGUGAUGUAGAGGCCUAACAGUGUAUUGGGGGGGGGGGGGGCAAGGUGUCCCAUGCAAAUGAUAACUGGUAAUAUCCUUGAGGCAUGGACAUGGCUGUAGGGGCAAGAGGCCAUGAACAGCCCUUAUGGCAAUAGGUGCCCUGAGAGCAUGGAUAGCCCAGGAGGGCCCACUCAGUGCUUGAUGGGCAGCACUGGCACAAAAGGGGUUAGAAAGGGAUCUGCUGGCUGAAAGAUGGACCAAGACUUGCUUUGGGACUUGAGGGCAGCUUCCCUUUUUAUAAAUCAACUAACUACCUCAGGGCUUGGCAGGUAAGAGAAAAGGGAGGGUAGCCAGGGAGCCAGAGUGGGGCAGAAGUCAAGUGGCUGUCAGGGGGUGUCAUGGCUGCCCCUGGAGACAUGAUCCUGUUACAGCCUGGAGUUUGUAUCUUAAUUUAUGUCCUUCAAAGGAUCUUGCUGGGCGUAUAACUGUAGAGGGAAAUGUUUUCCUUCCCAAGUAGCUUUUAAUCUAUUGAAGGACCAAGGAGCCUUCGGGUAUUAGCUGUCAAACAUUUUGAUUGCAACAGGGCUGUCUUUUUCAGCUCAACAUUUGCACAGACAGAAGCCCUUGGUAGGCUGCAGGUAGAAUAUCAAUGAGCAAGAAAAGAUCUUGCUGCUGCAAAAUAAACUAAUCCUGAGGAUUAAGGCCCAGCCUGGUCUCCUGAAGCAACUUGCCACUUUUAGCAAGCACUGCACUAGAAACGUGGCUUUUUCCAGUUUGCCCAUUAUAAUUGCCCCUGCUCAGUUUGGAAGCAGUCUUUGAAAACAAAAUAGCAAUAACUUGCUUUUAGUGUAUGAUUUUUUUUGUUUGUUUGUUUCCAUGUUUAUUCUCC